UAUCACUUCUCUCCUCCUUUCACAACUUCUAUCACUUCUCUCCUCCGUUCACAACUUCUAUCACUUGACUGAGCUGUCCAUCCAGACUCUGAAAGAAACUGAAGAAGCCGUAUCCAUGACCAACACGAUGACAUCAACGGUCCUCAUCAGCUUCCUGGCCUGUCUGCUCCUGGCCAAUGUUGAAGGCCAGGUGGGUCAUUCUAAAGCUCGGUGCCAGUGUCUGAAUGGACUGGUGAACCACGUUAAACCUCUUCACAUUGAGAAGCUCGAGGUGUACACCUCCAGCCACUCCUGCAGGAACAUGGAGAUCAUUGUCACUCUGAAGAACGGAGAAGGGAAGAAGUGUCUGAAUCCAGAGGCUCCAUUUGCCAAGAAAACCAUUGAGAAAAUAAUGAAAAACCGAAGGAGUGUGCAGUGAAAUGAAUGACACCAG